AUGGAUGGAACGUUAGUGGCUUUUGAUUCUAUUCAGGGAGGAGGCAGUGGAAUAGUAUCAAAUGCGACAUAUGGUGAUACUGUGGGUAAAUGGGAAUGUCAGAAUAAUAAAGUUGCUACGGCACGAGCUAUUGUUUAUAUUUAUCCAACAGGAGCAAGUGCUAAUGGUUCAAUUGCAAUGAACACUUAUCGUAUUAAUUUUCGUAGCAAUAACAAAUGUGAUGGGACAUUUAAUUAUAACUUUUGGCGACUUGGUACAAAUCCAUUAAAUAAAAAGAAUAAACCGAUCGAAAAAGAAUCUCGCAACCGUUUUGUAGGUUACCUUAUUUUCUAA